CUUUCUUUUUUUUUCACUUUUUCUACACAUAUAUUUUUUUUACCCCAGCCAAAAAUGUUGAUCAAGAGCAUUUCUUUAAUUUUAUUAGCAGCAGCUUCCACUACAUUUGCUUGUGAGAUGGACUGCCGUAGAGGUGUCUCUCGAAACUUUGCCGAUGCUUACGCACCUGUGAUCAAGGACAGUAUUGAUAACUUGCAUGCUCAGUUAACAAAAUCCAUCAACAAGGUUGCUGUCCCUGCUGUCAUUACCGAAAAGAUUGAAAAGACAGAAUUACAAGAUGAUAUCGAGGACUCCAUCGAUGCCAGUCUCACAGAAUUCAUCAACUUUGCCACAUCCGAAAAGAAGUUGGCUGAAGGCUUCUAUCAAGUUACUUUCAAUGAAGAACUUCCUUAUAAGGGUGACUGUAAUAGUCCAAAGAGAUUAGAGAGAAAGAUGCCUCCCAAGGGUGAAUCAUGGACCAUGGAUGAAUGUAAUAAAAUGGACUACCGUUGCGGUAACCCUCCCUCUAUUUGCUACUUUUUAGAAGACGUCAAGGCACGUUGUGUGGGUCGUAUGCGUCGUCAAUUAACAGAAUAUGCUUCUUACGAUAACGGAGCUCUUGUGAAGAGCCUGGUGAGAGACACAAGAAAAUCUAUUUACUCUACUUUUGGCAAUAACGGGGCUGGAAAAUUAAGUGAGAACAACCAAGUAGAAGCUUACAUUGCUAAAGUCGUUAGUGCCACUAUUCGUACCUUGGAUAUUUGGGUUGCUGAAGACGUGAAACAAUUGUGUGAUAAACCCUCUCAAAAGGAGUUAUGUAACAACUUUGAUCAUCAAAUCAAAUUAGAAAUUCUCAAGUGGCCUUAAAUUUAACUACAUUUUAAUAUAUGUAUAUAAUUAUAUAAUAUUUUUUUUUUAUUAAAGACUUUUUUUUCUUUCCCA